AUGGCCUCUUUAGCCAGCUGGCCACACGACGUGCUCCUCACACUGGGGCAGGAGCUGAACAUCUGCGACCUCUUCAGCCUUCUGGCAACGUGUCGCGCCUUGCGCGCGCUGGAAGACUACCGCACCCUCUGGAUCGCCGCAGUCCAUCGUAUUCGAUAUACCCAGCUCCAUCCGCUCCCCCUCGCGCAGGACGAGAGCAUAUCCAGUUUGCCGCUCGCCCGGCUUCAAACACUAGCCCGACAAACAAACAGGCUACUUCGGAACUGGCACUCUGACGCACCGCGUCCAGUCUGGACACGCUCCUUCCACAUCGGGAAGCAGGCUAUGUUUUGCAUCCCGGGCACGUACCUCGUGGCUAGCGUCAGCUACUCCGAUCACGCGAUUUCGUGCUGGGACGCGCGGACGGGGGAGUGUGUUGACAAGACCGAUGUCCCACACCUUCACCUCAUCGUUGCCCCGCCGUGUGUGACCGGAGACGGGCGGGCAAUGCUGGGAGCCACGGUGCGUCUGCCAGACAGAGCGGGCCUGCUCAGCCUCGCUGUGAUCGUACUCAGCUUCUCGGACAGGGCCAACAUCCGUUUCGACACAUUUAUAUCUCCCCCAGUUGGCAUAGUCCCGCCACUGAGCCCCGCGAAAUUCUUCCUCAACGACAAGAUUAUUGGGUAUACUACAAGCUUGGACUUCUACUACUGGACAUUUGACCCCGAUCCCGAGUCAACGAUGCGACGCAUCGCCAACCCAUGGGGGAGCAUGAGUUUCGAACGCCCCCUGGAUCCACAGUUCAUAUCCGCCCACGUCUCCUCAGACGGUCUCCUACGCUUCCGCAUGUUCACUAUCACCGCUGGUGGACAUGCCAUCGUGGACAGCAUUGCCCUCGAUGGCACUUCACACCAUGUCAACCCCCCCUAG